AUGCAAGGAAGAAACGAAAGAAACACGGUGGAGCUAAGAUCUGACGCGUGUGAGAAAACUUGGAAAGUUCAGAUGGAUGGCCGGAGACUCACCGUCGGGUGGAAAGAGUUCGCCGGUGCACAUGACUUCAGAAUCGGAGAUAUCAUCGUUUUCAGACACGAAGGAAAUUUCAUGUUCCACGUCACCGGUUUUGGACCAAGUUGUUGCGAGGUUGGAUAUGAACAGAACAACAUCAGGAACUUGUCCAUGGAGCAGAAUCUAAAAACAGAACUAGAGUCUUUAUCAGACAGUUCUUGUUUUGUAGCAAAUAUCAGUGAUUCGAACCUACGAGAGGAUAGACUGUUUCUUCCACGGAAGUUUGUUACGUCCAAUGAUCUGAAGAAAGGUAGCAACAAGAUUGUUCUAAUGAAUGGAGUAAAGACAUGGAGACUUAAUCUGAGGUUUAGAGAGUCAAGUGAAACAUUUUACAUGAGGUCUGGCUGGAGAAGAUUCUGCCACGAGAAUGGGCUUCAAUCUGGAGAUUCCAUCACAUUUAAACUAGAGAGUAACAGCGCCAAAACGCCCGUUCUCUGUUUCUCCACUGCAGAAACUAAGAGUGAUUCCACAAAACAUAGAAGCGAAGGGAAGAGAAAAGAUGGUGAAAAGGGACUUGUGACACUAACUGUCACACCUGCCAGUAUCAAAUAUUGUAGACUUUACCUUCCGCGUAGCUUCAUUAAGGAUAACAAGAUGGAAACUGCCGGAGGGAAGAAGAUAAAUCUGUUGGACAAGCAUGGAGUGAAGUGGCCAGUGAGUCUAGUGAUGUUAAAGGGAAAUGGACAGAUGCAUUUAGGUUUAGGGUUGCGAGAAUUCCUCGAGGCUACUGGCGUUAAGGCAAACGAAUCUUUUAUGUUGGAGUUGGAUUGGGAAGACACUACAAUUCCUCCUAUAUUCAAGUUCUGUUCCAAGAUCAAGAUCUGA